CACAGGGACGCUGGACAUGGACACAGAGGAUGACCCCUUGUUACAGGACGCCUGGCUAGAUGAGGAGGAGGAGGAGGUUGCCUUCACUGCACAGAAGAAGCAGGAAGGUACCCUGCUGUGUGGGAAAAGCCCAUGGAAAGUCCGGCCUCUGCAAACCACGCUGCCAGUGACUGGUUUCUGGAAUGUUGUUGGCUGGAUAUUUACCAACCCGUACUGCGCUGGCUUCAUCCUUUUCCUUGGCUGCACUAUCCCUGCUGUGCUCGCCGUUGUCAUGUUCCUUCACUAUCCAGCCCUGGACAUUGACAUCUCCUACAAYGCUUUCGAGAUCCGCAACCACGAGUCCUCCCAGCGCUUUGAUGCGCUCACCUUGGCCCUCAAGUCCCAGUUUGGGUCGUGGGGCCGGAACCGCCGGGACCUGGCUGACUUCACCUCGGAGGCCCUGCAGAGACUGAUCUCCCAGCAGCUCCAGCAGCUGCACCUCAAUGCCUCCCACCUCGGGCGGGCCGCGCGGGCCAAGCGUGGCAUGCCGGAAGGCAGGACUACCUCCCCCAAGCCUCGUGCCCGUCCGAGGGUGGGAAACCAGACUUUGCGAGUCGCGAGGGCUGCCCCACGCUGGGACUACUCCAGCACCUACAUCAGUGCCAACACACAGACACAUGCCCACUGGCGCAUCGAGCUCAUUUUUCUGGCUCGUGGCGACUCUGAGAACAACAUUUUCACUACUGAGCGCCURGUCACCAUCCAUGAGGUCGAGCGCAAGAUUAUGGAUCACCCUCGCUUCCGGGAAUUCUGCUGGAAGCCCCAUGAGGUCUUGAAGGACCUGCCCCUGGGCUCCUACUCCUACUGCUCCCCUCCCAGCUCCCUUAUGACCUACUUCUUCCCCACUGAAAGAGGAGGGAAAAUUUACUAUGAUGGCAUGGGACAAGACCUUGCUGACAUCCGAGGGUCCCUGGAGCUAGCCAUGACCCACCCCGAGUUCUACUGGUACGUGGAUGAGGGGCUGUCUGCUGAGAACAUGAAGAGCUCCUUGCUGCGGAGCGAGAUCCUCUUUGGGGCACCGCUACCCAACUACUACUCGGUGGAGGACCGCAGGGAGGAGCAGCGCCGCAAGUUCCAGAGCUUUGUGGUCACCUACGUGGCCAUGCUGGCCAAGCAGUCUACAAGCAAAGUCCAGGUGCUGUACGGAGGGACGGAUUUGUUCGACUACGAAGUGAGGAGGACCUUCAACAACGACAUGUUGCUGGCCUUCAUCAGCAGUAGCUGCAUAGCUAUCUUAGUCUACAUCCUUACCUCCUGCUCAGUUUUCCUGUCAUUCUUCGGCAUUGCCAGCAUUGGGCUAAGCUGCCUGGUGGCUCUGUUCCUGUACCACGUCGUAUUUGGGAUCCAGUACCUGGGCAUACUCAAUGGUGUGGCUGCCUUUGUCAUUGUGGGCAUCGGAGUUGAUGAUGUCUUUGUCUUCAUCAACACUUACCGCCAAGCCACCCACCUCAAGGACCUUCGGCUGCGCAUGAUCCACACUAUUCAGACAGCAGGAAAAGCCACUUUCUUCACUUCCCUGACCACAGCUGCUGCAUAUGCUGCCAACAUCUUCUCCCAGAUCCCAGCUGUGCAUGACUUCGGGCUCUUCAUGUCCCUGAUUGUGUCCUGCUGCUGGGUAGCUGUGCUUUUCACCAUGCCAGCUGCCCUUGGAAUAUGGACCCUUUAUAUGUCCCCACUAGAGACCUCCUGUCAAACCAGCUGCAAUCAGAAGUGUACCAGAAAGAGUGCCUUGCACCUGGCUGAAGAUCUCUUAAUUUUCUCUGAGGCUACCUCCAGAACUGGCCAAGAGACCCUUCCCUAUCUGGAUGAUGAUAUUCCACUCCUCAGUGCGGAGGAGGAGCCUGUCUCCUUGGAAAUGGGUGAUGUCCCCUUGGUAUCUGUGAUGCCAGAGAAUCUGCAACUUCCUGAAGAGAAGAGCAAUCGGGGUCACUUGAUCGCCCAUCUACAAGAGCUGCUGGAGCACUGGGUGCUGUGGUCUGCAGUGAAGAGCAGAUGGGUGAUUGUGGGGCUCUUUCUCCUCGUUUUGCUGCUGUCCAUCGUCUUUGCUAGUCGACUCCRUCCAGCUAGCCGUGCUCCAGUUUUAUUCCGGCCAGAUACAAACAUCCAGGUGCUGCUAGACCUGAAAUACAAUCUGAGUGCUGAAGGCAUCUCCUGCAUUACCUGCUCAGGUUUGUUUCAGGAAAAGCCCCACAGUUUGCAGAACAACAUCCGAAACUCUUUGGAAAAAAAGAAGAGGGGCUCAGGAUUGCCCUGGGGAAGCAAAGGAAGCAUAAGUGAUACAGGGCAGCAAGAUCUCCAGGGCACUGUGUAUAUCUCCAAGUCCAGAGGCAAGGGUAGACCUGCCAUCUACAGGUUCUCGCUCAAUGCCAGUGUCCCUGCCCCCUGGCAGAUGGUGUCUGCAGGAGAUGGAGAGGUGCCUUCAUUCCAGGUGUAUAGAGUGCCUUUCGGUAACUUCACCAGGAAGCUGACAGCUUGUGUGUCCACAGUAGGGCUGCUUAAGCAGACGAGCCCCAGGAAGUGGAUGAUGACCACCUUGUCCUGCGAUACCAAGAGAGGCUGGAAGUUCGACUUCAGUUUCUACGUGGCCGCCAAGGAGCAGCAGCGAACGCGGAAGCUGUAUUUCGCCCAGUCGCACAGGCCCCCUUACCACGGCCGAGUGUGUGUGGCACCUCCUGGCUGUCUUCUCAGCUCUAGCCCAGAUGGACCCACCAAAGGCAUCCUGUAUGUUCCCAGUGAGAAAGCACCAAAAGCAAAGCUCUCAGCUACUUCUGGAUUUAAUCCUUGCAUGAACACUGGCUGCGGGAAGCCAGCAGUGCGGCCACUGGUGGACACAGGAGCCAUGGUGUUUGUGGUGUUUGGGAUCCGAGGGGUUAACCGUACUAGGCGCAUGGACAACCACGUCAUUGGAGACAUGGGCAGCGUUAUCUAUGAUGACAGCUUUGACCUCUUCAAAGAGAUUGGCAACCUGUGCCGCCUCUGCAAAGCCAUUGCCAGCAACACUGAGCUGGUGAAGCCAGGAGGGGCUCAGUGCCUACCCUCUGGUUAUAGCAUCUCCUCCUUUCUGCAGAUGUUGCACCCUGAGUGCAAGAACAUCCCUGAGCCAAACCUGCUGCCUGGGCAGCUUUCUCAUGGGGCAGUGGGAGUGAAGGAUGGAAAGGUGCAGUGGAUCUCCAUGGCAUUUGAAUCGACAACCUACAAAGGGAAAUCUUCCUUCCAGACAUAUGCUGACUACCUGAAAUGGGAGACAUUCCUACAGCAGCAACUUCAGCUCUUCCCAGAGAGCUCUGUUCUCCGACGUGGCUUCCAGACCUGUGAACACUGGAAGCAGAUCUUCAUGGAGAUCAUAGGAGUGCAGAGCGCCCUGUAUGGUCUCAUCCUCUCACUGGUUAUUUGUGUGGCUGCCGUGGCGAUAUUCACCACUCAUAUCCUCCUUCUGCUGCCAGUGCUGCUCAGCAUUCUAGGCGUGGUCUGCUUGGUGGUGACCAUCAUGUACUGGUCUGGCUGGGAAAUGGGGGCCGUGGAAGCCAUUUCCCUCUCCAUCCUCGUGGGCUCCUCCGUGGAUUACUGCGUGCACCUGGUGGAGGGCUACCUGCUGGCAGGGGAGAACCUCCCGCUGCACCAGGCAGGGGACCCCACAGCGUGCCGCCAGUGGAGAACGAUCGAAGCCRUCCGCCACGUGGGCGUCGCAAUCGUCUCGAGCGCCGUCACCACAGUCAUCGCUACCGUCCCGCUCUUCUUCUGCAUCAUCGCCCCUUUUGCCAAGUUUGGGAAGAUCGUGGCCCUCAACACCGGAGUCUCCAUCCUCUACACACUAACUGUGAGCACCGCCCUGCUGAGCAUCAUGGGGCCAAGCACCUUCGUCCGGAGCAGGACUUCCUGCCUCAAGGCCUUGGCUGCGGUGCUUCUUGCCGGCCUGCUGGGCCUGUGCAUCUGCCUUGCCCUCGUGAAGAGCGGAUUUAAGAUCCCUCUCCCUAAUGGGACAGCCCUGUAGACCCUACAUCAACAGCUACAUGUUCUGUCCUCUUGCUCGCUUUCCUGUCUUCUUUUUUUU